UGUGCGUUGCAGUUUUUGAACACUUUUUUUGUAUUCCUGAGUUGAAGUCAGAAUGCUGGACCCAUUGGCUGAAUUGAGAAGAACUGGAGGCUUCAGGCAGUGUGGUGGCCGGUUGUCCUGGCAGGUGCGUUUGAUCUUGUAUAGUGUGUGCGUACUGACGGUAAUAAACUUUGCCGGCCUGGUUCUGCUCCUGGUUCAGCAGAGAGAGCUGUGGGCUCAUCUGACUGAGGUGGAGAGACAGAUGGUGGAGAUCUCUCAGAGCUCCGUGGUGGAGUUCAUGACGCAGGUGAACGAAGAUGAGGCAGAGUAUCAAUACUCCAGAAACAAACGCAGCCGGCAGCAUCGAGGGACACGACCCUUUGAGGAGCACGAGGGGAGUGUGGGAGAGGAAGUCUUGGGAGAUUUCCAAUAUCAGUAUCAGCAGACGCAUGGGCCGGUUUACCAGCACAAAACAGAAGAGCAGGAAGGAAUGAUGAUGAUGAUGAUGACAUACUCUAUGGUGCCAGUUAAAAUUCUUCUGGACAUUUGCAACAGUACUAAAGGUGUCUGUCUGACUGGGCCACCAGGGCCACCUGGAAUUCCAGGCUUGCCGGGUGUGGACGGAAUGCCGGGGUAUAACGGAACAGAUGGAAUUUCAGGGUUGCCAGGGGAGCCUGGAGCACAUGGAAAACGAGGGAAAAGAGGUCCUCAGGGUGAGAAGGGUGAGCCUGGUGAGAGAGGAGAACAAGGAUUUCCUGGACCCCAAGGACCCCCUGGAGAACAGGGUGAACCUUCAAAUGAUGUCAUUGUAGAGGGUCCACCUGGUCCAACGGGACCCCCUGGCCUCCCUGGUCCACCUGGCCCUCCAGGGCCCCCCGGGCCUCAAGGGCCACUAAGACACAGGAGCCACAGAGCACAUCUCCACAUGGGGAAAGAGUCUGUAGGUCACCUUAAUUCAGUCCCAAAUGAUGACACCAUCAGCCAGAAAAUAGUAUCAUGGAAGAUAAACGACUGUGUCAUAAAGUCAGUGCAGAACCCCAGACAUUUGAUGAAAAUGAGCAGCACGUUUGGAGCAUGGAUGAUGGACACUGCUGCUCACGAUAAUGAGAAGAUCUGGGUGGCAGAACAUUUCUCGGGUCGUAUCAUAAAGGAGUACAACAGUAUCGCAGCGUUCCAGAACGGCAGCAGUGAAUCCAUUGAUGUCCGAAAAUUUUUCCAAGGUUGCGGCCAUGUUGUACAUAAUGGCUCAGUAUUCUACCACAUCGCUGGAACUUCUAAUAUUGCUAAGUUUGACCUCCAGGUGAAGAUCUUACACACGCUGACAAUUGAAAAUGCUUUCUAUCACAAUAAGUCCUACUUUCUUGAAAACUCAAAGACAUAUUUCAAACUGGCAACAGAUGAGAACGGUAUGUGGAUCAUAUUUGCCGCCAACAUUGAUGACAACAUAAUGGUGGCCCGACUGGAUGAGAAAACAUUCUCCGUCACCACAUACAUCAACGCCACCUAUCCCAGGACCAAGGCCGGUAAUGCCUUUAUCGCCUGCGGGAUUCUCUACAUCACGGAUACAAAAGACACAAAGGUGACAUAUGCUUUCGACCUCCUGAAAGAGAAGCCGGUUAGUGUCAGUCUAGAUCUGAGGGCACCUGGAGGGGUUCUGUCCAUGAUCUCAUACAAUCCCAGAGACAAACAUCUCUACAUAUGGGACAGCAGCUACGUCAAAUCAUACCAAGUCCAGUUCCUCUCAGAUGAAUAAUCAAAAAUGCAUGACAUAAUUGACACAUUUAUAAGCAAAUAACCAAUGUUUAUGUUGUUACCCAUGUGUACCCAUAUAUUUUUAUUUCAUUUUCUUGAGUGGAUGAUAUAUCAAGCGCUAAAUUGUCUAUCUAGUGAUGUUCGCACUAAGUAUUUGGACACUUUAGCUACCCUUAAACAAGUUUGAGUAGAGCGCAGGAUUUCAGUUUAUCAUUUAAAGCUUAACAAACAUCUUUGUAAAACUGAUUUAGCGCUUACUUUCUUAAAAAUAAAUGCACUUGGUUUUAUUUUUUUCCUCUAAUAUAAUGACAUAAAGACAUUUGAAAAUUUGACCCGAGUGUUUAAAAGCAAUUUGGGGCUACCAUAUUUAUUAUUUUUUCUGCAUUUUUACUUUUAUACGUUGCAUUUUAGUUUUUUGGCUAACAUGCAUUUUAAGUGAAUAUUUAUUAAUUCAUGUAGCAUGAGCGGAGCUAGUUUUGUUCAUAAAACCAUUGUUCUUGUUUACAUAGAAAUUGUUUAACUAUUCUCCUCGUUUCAUGAAUGAGGCCAAAUGUGUGUAAAUAAUAAAUGGAAAAUUUAUGCGCAUUACAUGAA